CACCAAGAAAAAUGUAUAAUUUGGAGCAAAAGCAAGUUCUCAGUGCGAAACCUUAAUCCGAUUGUUUUACUUUUAGAAAGUGCGGUUGACUAUCUUCUCCGGACAUAUGUGUGGUGUGGUGGAGAUGGUGAAGCAUUUAUUUUCCGAUACGGUGGAGAGCAUAGAGAAGCCGGAGGCGAGGGUGACGGAUGUCGAUCUGAAAGGCGUCGGCGCUCACUCUGUCACUUAUCUGGCUAAGGUCAACGUUUCAAAUCCUUACUGCAUACCGAUUCCACUCGGCGAGAUCCGUUACGUUCUCAAAAGUUCCGGCAGAGAGAUUGCAAGUGGCACAAUCUAUGACACAGGUUCACUGAAGGGGAAAGGUGACACGUUACUAUAUGUUGAGAUUGAUGUGGCAAACAGUGUGUUGGUAACCUUGGUGAAGGAUGUCGCUGUUGAUUGGGACAUUGACUACGAGGUUAAAGUCACGCUCAUUAUUGAUUUCCCACUCAUUUGCGAUAUCAGCAUACCAGUCACUAGAAAUGGUCAGAUCAAGCUCCCUUCUCUUGCUGACGUGUUUAAAAAGAAAACAUAAUGCCAAUCUCAUCUCCUCUUCACAUGCUUUUGAAACAUGCAUAUUUCAACCUGUAAUAUAUCCUUCAUACGUUCUUAAAUUUGAAUCAUAGUUUGUAAAUGGCGUGUAAGUAUUUCAACCCUCGGUUUGCCUUUACAUUUUAUUGUAUAUAUG